AUGCUAUGGGAACACAGAGAUGAAUAUGUCUGCCAGAUUCCUGUGAAAAUUUGGAAUCUUCUUAUUGAACGGUAAGAACGGGCUUCUUUACGAAAUGUUUGCGUGUAAUUGACUGUUGAGGCGUGGGAGAAGGAAGGAAGAUCCAGAUCGAUCUAUUUCGAAUCAGUUGCCUAGUCUCCUCAUUGUGAACAACCGAACUCGCUUACUCUCGUGGUUGCCAACUGACGUGACAAUUCGGCCCUACUCAGGACUGGGGGCCCGGCUAUAUCUUCCUAGUAUGUCGUCAAUGACACUCCUCCUUGUCCGAGAUACCGUCUGAACGAAGCAUGGUGCACGAGGAAUUUGGCUCCGGGCCGUGUAUGCCACAAUCAAACGCUCUAUUAAACUCUGUCAGCCGUUGGGUCCACGCCAAUCGCCAAUCAUCUUGAUUUUGGCGCAGUAGUAAUGGAUAACGUAGAUGCUGUGCAGCUCUACCGCACUAUAAGUUGACAAUCGGGUAUGAGGCCCCAUCUAGUCUUUACUCCCAUGUGGAAUAGCUACUUAUGUCAAUUCGGUAGGCCUAAAUUAAUCCCCUUCCUUUCACCCCUUCCCCUCACGGCUUGCCACUAAGGUUAGGAGGCUAGGGUUUCGGUUAAGGAUUCGAAGUUAGGCUAAGGCUUUAAACACAGGUUUAGAGCUGCUGGGUGGGCUAUUAACCUUGUCAAAUUCGGCUAUAUCUUCAGACGUAGCCGUCGCGGGAGUCGGAUUUAACAAUGCAUUCUUCAUACUUUCUCCUUUAAUGUGAUUAGUCAUCACGUUCCUGCAUCAGUUCGCCUGGAAUAUCUAAUGAAUGCCCUGUGCUGUCAUGUUCCCCUCUGUUUACAGCUCUUAAUUUCCAGUAUUUGAAAUUACGCGCCUACGUUUUGCCCAUUAUUGGUGGAUUUAAACAAGCAAGUGGCUUAGGUGUACGUUUUCUCACUUUUGCUCCCCGAAAGCAGCUAUCGGUUAGUUUCGUAUAGCCCACCCAUACAACUCCUAUAACCACUGUUUCCGUAUUACAGGAGUCCGUGUCUCCCCUUUUCUCGGUGGGACCACAUACCGGAUCUUCACUCAUUAUAAAUAAAUACACACACAAGUUGCCACCAUGCUCUCUGCCGACAGUAAUGGCCUCCGUCGUUCGUGAUAAGCCAACUGUCGUCAUUGUCUGUUGUAGCUUCUUGACUUAAGAACAGCCAGAAAUAGCGCUUGCCACUUUCUCCUUUUGUCUGGAGGACUUUCUUAACUCUGGCAGCCUGGGAUGUCCAACCUCUUUUUUAUGACUUAAUGGCUAAUUAGCCGAAGAAGAGAACCAUUUUAACCACUCCCGAGCUCACCGGGUGCAAUGCAGACAUCCGCGGCCUUACCGGCACACGUUUUGAUGAACAGAAACAUCUGGAAGAAGAACAGGCUAUACUCACCUUUAAGGUGGUCGUCCUAGAAAAGCACGGCAGGCCUCCAGAACCGCCUUCGUUAUUGAAAGUGAAAUCAUCGGCCUGCUGCCAUUUUUACCCCACACUAAAGCAAGAAUUCAUUUAUCCCAGUGAUGCUUCAAUUCUUUGGUAACAAAGUCGUCAUAACCAUCAGCGCCGUGCCCUGGUAAUGACAAGCUCAUAUGUUUCCAAAGACAGGUUCUACGUGGACCUGCACUCCUUUCUCGCGUCUGUGUCAAGGACGAAAGAGUCGCCUAUUCUACUUGACUUAAAUUACGAACAGGCACCGAUCACCGUUUGGCAGGGAGUACUAUGUUGUCACGGUCUAGGGAGCAGCAAUAGGAACGGACUUCUGCCGCUUAUGACAUACUCACAGCAUUGUCUUGCCGUUGCAAACACCGUCUUUUUUCUCCAUUUCGAGCAAAAAAACCACGUCAAUAUUAACUUCUGGACUACCUGUUCGUCCGAAAGCAGGACUACCAUGAUGCGCCGGCGACAAAAGCAGUGUGUACUGUAAAAUGCUGGGCUAACCACCUCGUUGACGACCUGGAGGGAAGACAACAUCGAAGAAACUGAGCACUGCGGUACUGGGCUACGUUGAACGCAGGCAGAAUCUCACGAGUUGUAUUAGGACUAGUCUGGAUCAGCGCUUAUCUUCAAAACCAAUCAUGCCUUCGGUCGGCUUUAACACAGGUUCUCGGGGAACUUCUUCAUAACAAUGAAAACCAAGCACGUGGAAAGCAAAAGUGAAGGGAUCAAACUAUGCUCCGCACGUAGUCGACUGACACACUCAACAUCAUUACAAUGCUGGUGGAUGUCCAGCCGGGAUGUGUCAGCUACUUCUUAAGAAUACCUGGUGAUCGGCAGCGGAAGUGGUCCUUCGUGUUAAUCAAGCUGACUUGCCUACUUCUUUGGAGUCUGUGAUUUUAAUGCUCCUAACGUACAAUCUCCUCGCAUCGCCGCCUGCCCAAACUCCAUCCUUUGACCUGCCCUGCAAAAUUAUCCACCUAGAAUUACUGCUUCCCACCCACUAACAACAGCCAAGACCACAACACUCCAAUCUGCCCCAAUCGUUAACGCACUUAUAGUUUGUAAAAAUCUACUCAAACAUAUCUCUACAUCGCAUUUCACACGAUCCACCGAAGGCCUUCAUUCAUCACUUAUUCACACAUGUUUCUAUUGAGUAUAGGCUGCUCCGCUCUUGCGCUAAGCCGAAGCGGGGACCGCAUUGGCUUAGGAUGUGCGUUAGUCGAGCUGCGCUGAGUUAGCUUGCGUUCUUUCCUAAUCCAAUUAAUGCGUUUUACGCAUAUUAAUGCAGCCACCCUGCCAAUUUUCUUCAGUAAUUGGCCGACAGGUUCGGACAAGCCACCGAUGCAUGCGGGAGGUAGUAGUAGUGGUAGUCCUAGUAGUAGUAGUAGUAGUAGUAGUAGUAGUAGUAGUAGUAGUAGUAGUAGUGGUAGUAGUAGUAGUAGUAGUAGUAGUAGUAGUAGUAGUAGUAGUAGUAGUAGUAGUAGUAGUAGUAGUAGUAGUAGUAGUAGUAGUAGUAGUAGUAGUAGUAGUAGUAGUAGUAGUAGUAGUAGUAGUAGUAGUAGUAGUAGUAGUAGUAGUAGUAGUAGUCGCGGCAGUUGUAGGAUUACAUUUGCGUCGUGCUAUACAGCAAUGGCUGCAAGUGUAAACCUUAGAGUGUCUUUGUUAACUUUUUGUGAUAUCCUUACCUAGAUUCGGUGGCGGACCGAUGGUGCGGACGCUGGAAUCAUGCGCCACUUGCGAGUCCACACUUCAAGCUCUCAACGAACGCAGGCAGCAUGAGAAGGACGCGUAUCUGCGGGUAAUACAGCCAACUUUUUACGCCCUAAAGCUUGGAAUAGUAGCUCAAGUAUAAGACUUACAUUGGUUUAUUUCUUUGCACGUCUUGCAGUAGAUGUGUUAACUCAUGAGAUGUUGACCGAAAUUCUGAAAUGCGUUUUCGACUCGAAAAGAUUGCAUACUCUCAAGACAGUUCAGUUUCUUCGGGAUGCUGGCUUUUGGACGAACUUCUUUCCGGUCGCCUGAAAAAACUACGCCCUGCAAGGCUAUCUAAUUAAGUAGCAUGAACUUUUACUAUUGGUUUUCGAUGCUCUUAUAAAUUCAGAUAUAUUUCAGACAAAACAUACAUUCAUUUUUUUACUCCUUUGGAAUAAAAUUAUGUCGUUAAAUUUUAUCCUUGAAGGAAAGGUAUAAUUCGGCUCUAAUUCCCGAAUAAUGUUGAACCCGACCUGUUGUUACACUUACAUUCAGGGCUUCCAAACUGCAAGCUGUACAUUUUCCGCAUACGGAGAAUCAUGCGGUCCUAUAUGACAUUAAGGGGAAACCGAAUGGGGCUCAUUAACUUCUGUAGUGGCUUUGAGCCAUAUUGUAAAUUUUACAUAAAUGAAGCGGUACGAGGUUUUAGGAAUAGACACUUCACGGUUUUAAAAAACCUCAUGAAUAAAAACUUCUUUAAAGUCGGAAUGCACUCUUCCUUUAAACAUAAAACUCAAAAGAGACUUAAUUUUCUCUCAAGUGAGUAAAAGAAUGAAUAUUUAAUGCACGCUUUUUGUGAGAUAUAUUUGAAUUUAUAAGGGCAUAGAAAAUCAAUUAGAAAAAUGCAUAACACUUAAGUCGAUAUUUUUACAGUGUAGUUUUUCCAGGCGACCGGAAAGAAGUUCGUCCAAAGCCGGCAUUCCGAAGUAACUGAAAUAUCUUGGGGGUAUACUGCACGGUAAUUAAUCAUACAACCCUACUUAAGUAAUCUUUUCGAGUCGAAAACACGUUUCAGAAUUUCGAUCAACACUUCAUGAGUUAGCACAUCUACUGUGUGUCCUUUACCUUCAUAUAACGUCUGGGCCACUGCCAGCAGCAAAGAAGACGAAACUUGCUAUUUCGACUCUUCUGCGCUAAAACCUUGCUUUGGCAUGAACCCCUCCAUCCAUACUCUGGAGGACGAUUCACAUGUGUCCCGAUGGAGAGAAUGUGUCCAACUUUGAGCAUUUAUUGGUUCCGUUUUCUUUUUGUGCCAGUUAGUACACAUCCCUAACCAAGUACUCCCUGCUUUAGUCCGGAGCGGCUCGACUGCGUAACUGUCUUCUCUUCAUAGAAAGAUACUCCGCAAUUGUCUGGUAUUUGGUAGAUGUUGUGCGGGAAUAGCGGCUGACUUUUCAUAAAAACACGCUCCUUUUCACUGCUGCCAUAAAGGCCUUAGCAUUCUUUGUCAUUCUGGUUCUACAUUUUUUAAAAAAAAUUGUACUUGCUGAGUGCAAAGUGUGGAUAUGGUAUGCGACUUAGUCGCUAAUGUACGUGGAGGGGCCUUAACUGAUACACCCCUUUUGGUCAUUUAUUCCAAGGGUUGUUUUGUCCGAGAUAGCAGCAAAUCUUUAAAUUGCACUUUAUUCAAACAAAAUGAACAUUUUAAUUUGUUACGGCAAAAAUACUCUUAUUGCCCUUAUUAAUGACUAAUGCCGAAAAAUAAUGAAAAUCUCACCAAAGGAAAUCAUAAUUUCAAAUAAUUACAGAUGGUUCAUUAGGUAAAACAUUCUAUAAUGUGUGAGAAAACUCCAUGAGUGUUUAGUCCGAGGAUCAUACGGAAAUCCCUCAGACUAAACGUCCAGAACAGAAUGGUCUAAUCUGGUAGGAUAGAAUGCGGAUGUUCAGUUUUUACUUGGAACCUUUACAGGCAGUCAUGUGACAUCAAACAAUCAAUAAUUGGUCUGUAUUAGCAGUCGGGGUCUAGAGGGUGCAACUGACGGGCGACGGAUACUUCAGUCUUCUUAAACCCUUUCGAAAAUUUUUCUCAUUUCUCAAUCUUUUGAUUUCCUCAUGGAAUCUGUUUUUGAUCUCCUACUGAUUAUCUUGUCUCGGGCGACCAUGAUUUCACCAUAGUUCGUUUGGUGUCGUCCAUAGUGUUUCAUAUAUCUUUUCCAAGGAUUACUAGUACAAGCCCAUGAAGCUGUAUUUUGCUCGUGAGACGUGAAAACAACGCAUAUCGGACUAAAACUUAUGCAUGCAUCAGAGAGGCAGGGUCUGGUUGAGAGCAGAUUUUACAAAACACGCAAAUUUUCCGAAAACUCUUUCGCUAUUGUGCGCAUUCGUGAAUUGUUUCUUGGCUUCCAACUGCACUGUACCCUAACCUGCAUUCCUUCUUCUCUCGUCUAGCUUCCCCGUCUUCAGGGCGCACCCAAGUAUGUCAUCAGCGCAAAAUGGUUGGAUUCGUGGAUCAACUUUGUGGAAGGUCAUCAAAUCAGUGAGUGUUGCUAGGUCUUUCCUCAACCCACCGCCUGUUCAGUAACGAGAUACUUGGGCAUGUGCUGUCGCGUCCCGUUGCCUAUUUUCACUGUGGCGUAACACAUCGUUUUCUUUUAUCGGCAACGAUCGGGUGAAGGACCCCAAGCACACACACACGCACACGAACAGACAAAGGUGCCUGUCUUACGGGCAAGGUGGCAAUAUAGUUUUUACGGGCUGCGCCUAUGUAUGCAUAGAGGAAUGACAAAGUAAGUAUAUAUAAUUGGUAAAUUAGUUUUUCAAAAAUUAGUUGACAUAUAACAACCGAAAUUAAGCAGGACAAUUAAAAAGUAAACAUUAGGUGUCCACAACGAUCGCCUAUCAACACUCUGAGCUGAGGUGAUUGUAGAUAAUGCACCAGACCGCCUAUAACAGACGACACAGCAUUUUUCGGUGAAACACCAAACCAAAAUAAUCGUGCCGGACCAAAACCCCCUUAGAUAAGUUAGGUAGGUCUUCUUUGUACGCUAGAGCUGCUUGGGGUCCUUCACCCGACCCUUACCCGUUUAUUUCCCGAGCUGCCCAUGCCUCGGGAGGGGCAGUGGUGAACCUCGCCGCAUGUGACGGUCGAACUACCGUUUGGGCCGCCACCGUUGUUGGGCAGGAAAUAUGCACCUAUGGUGGAGGGUUUGAACUGAUCUCGAUUAUGUGAGGCGGGCUCGAAUGGGGUUUGGAAUUGUGGUGCAAGCCGGGACCGUGUAUGCGUCCAGGUUUCGUGAUGCUGCGCCGAAAGUCCCGCCUACUGUACCGCACGCUGGAGUAGCAGACGCUUCAGAAGUAGACGGGUCGUUGUCCCUCUGUUGGUGGAUCGGCCUCCGACUGAUCCCGAGAUAUUUUACUGAAUCCUUCAAGCUAUCCUCGUGCGGUUAGGAUUUCCGUGUAGCGAUGGCUUGCAAAAGCAUUCUGAUCGGUACAGGCUGUUUUGUUCCGCCCCGAGUAGCUUAAAUCCUGAACUUCUGUCUUUCCAUCCCCCCGCUCUUGUAGACCGACAGACCUUGCAAUAUUUUAACAAUAAAACUUAGUUGAUUGGUAUAUAUGUAUGUCUUUUUGAACUUAGAGCAGUCUAUUGUUGUCUCCUUGCCGAUUUAGUAUGUUUUUUUUUUCUAGUAAAUGAUAUGCUCCGUCUUUAUACUUCGACUGAAGCUAAGUUCUCUUAUUUAAGAUCCUCCUGGCCCUAUUGCCAAUUCGGAUGUUUUGGAGCUCGUGCCCUCGUUGGACCCAAAAUGUCCCCCUGUCUACCAAUGGCGUCGAGGUUCUGCCUACGAACUUAUCCCUAUUGGAUGGUGGAACUUAUUAUUUGAGAUUUAUGGCGGCGGGCCGGUCUGUGUAGUCCCUAACGCGCCCUCAUCUCCGUCGACUGAAGCCCUGGAGGAUGAAAACGAGUCAGACGAAGAAGUUGACGACAACGAUAAGGAGGAGGAAGAGAAAUCAGAGGAUCAGGAGGAGGAUGUUGGGCCACAGGCAGAUUCAUUUGGGCAAUCGUCAGGUACACAUUUAGCGACGUCAACAGCCUUGCUGAAGGAGGACGAGAAAGAGGAAGAUGAUGGGGGAGCUUGGCAUCGCCCUCAUAUGGGAGAGGAGGACGUCAUUAUGCCUGGGGCAAAUCAGUCAAGCACUGAGCACCCAGAACUCAUGGAGGUCGAUACAGCCUCGUUUUUGUAUAAUGACGAGGAAGACACCGAUGAUGCCCAGUCCCCUGACUUCCUUUCAUCCAAAGAUGAACUCACUUCCGACGCCACCGUCACCAGCCCGCUCUUAUCCUCCUCGUUCGGAUACCCGUUGGUGAGAAUCCUUUUUUGGUCAAAACCAAAGUAUAGUUUUUCUCUUUCACUGUAAAGUGUACGGGAUGAUGAGAGAUCCCUACACCUCUCUCGUCAAGGGCUAAAAUAUUACGACGAAAAAAUCCUCCGAACACUACGGUCAAAGGAGAAGAAAAAGCGCAUCUUUCCUGGUCGUUGAUCCCGACAAGUAGCGCAGCCUUCCACACUCCGUCAAUAAUGCGUCAUGAAUUUAUCCGAACCAACAACAAAUUCGGUUCAUUGAAUGGCAUUAAAAUAGCCAGGCCCCUGUGUUAAAGUAGCAAUUUUCUCAUGGGUGAACAUAAUGGGAAGGCGGUGGCUCACUUUGGGGAGCCUGUCUACGGUUCUCUGUUCAAUUGAAAGUUCGGCGACAGUAUCAUAUGUGGCCCCGCCUAGUCGUUAUACUUCAAACGUGCCUACUUAUUUCGCUUACAGUAGGUGGGCUAACUCAUGAGAUGUCGGCCGAACUUUCGAAAUGCGUUCUCGUUUCGAACAGAUUAAUUAAGUAUGCUUGUAACAAUAAUCAUCGUCCAGCAUAAUUCUAUAAUGAGCUAGUUAUCUCAGGAUGCCUUCUUUCAAACAAACUUAUUUCCGACUGCAUGCAAGAUCUAUACUCUGCAAAAAUGACUACUCAAGUAGUAGUCAUUUUUCUCGUUGAUUUUCAGUGCCCUUAAAAGUUCAAUCAUAUUUCAUGAAAAACAUGCAUGAAAAUAUUCAUUCUUUUAUUUAUUCGGUAGAAAAUUACGUCUUCUUUCAAUUUUAUACUUGGAGUAUAAUUCGAUUUCAAAAAGUUUCUAAUUGUGAGAUUUUUUAAUACCGUGAAAUGGUCGUUCACAAAACGUUAUGUAUCCGCAUUUACCAAUGUGGCUUGUAAAGUUAACAAUAUUACUCAAAUCCACUGCUUAAUUUUAUGAACCCCAUACGUUCUCCUAUUAAUACCGUAGAGAAAUGUACGGUUUUCCGUACACAGAAAAUAUACGGCUUGUAGCUUUGUAACCCUGAAUGCAAGUAUAACAGAAGGUUUGGUUCAGAUUUAUUAGGGAAUUAGAAAAGUUUUUGACAAAACUUAAUUAUACUGCCCCUUCGAGUAUGAAAUUGAAAGAAGACGUAAUUCUCUACCGAAUAAGUAAAAGAUUAAAUAUUUGUAUGCAUGUUCUCCAUUAAAUAUAAUUAAAUUUUUAAGACCAUGAAAAAUCAAUGGGAAAAUUGCAUGCUACCUAAGUAGUCAUUUUUUGCAGUGUGUACUUCUUGCUUGCAGUCGGAAAUUAGUUCAUUUGAAAGAAGGCACCCUGAAGUAACUGGAUCAUUAUGGAAUUAUGCUGCAUGAUGAUUAGUUUUACAACCAUACUUAAUUAAUCUUUUCGAAACGAGAACGCAUUUCGAAAUUUCGGUUGACAUUUCAUGAGUUAGCCUACCUACUGUAGGUAUGUUUUAUUAUGGUUUGCCUGGCAGUGGAUUGCAUAAGGCGUUAUGCGGUAAAAGGGUUUAACUGACCCACUACUUUAGCCUAGCAAUUGGCCCACAUGUUAAGCCAACAUCGACAAGGUUAAAGUUAGAUUUAAGGGUUAAGAUAAGGGUUACUGCUAGUUCCAAGUGUUAAGGUUGGCGUUGGGUCUCAGGUACACGUUAGCAUUAAGGUUAGGGUUAGGGGCCUAAUGUUACGUUUAAGGUUUGCAGACUUCCUUGAUUCCGUUUUAUCAGUGGAGGCACACUCGAUACCGUUUCUGGAUGGUUCCUCUGGUAAAAAACGCCUAUGUCACCCCUUGCGGUUUUGUGGUGUUCUUUUAACCUUUCAGGUAAGAAGGUGGCUCACUACGAUUCGCUAUUUCGGACCCACUAAAUGAGCUUUAUGUGCAUCCAGGACGGCGUAGUCUCCCCUAAAAAUAAAAAUUCAACUAGACGUACUUAGGGAGGCGUAAGUGGCAGCUACCUGAGCAUCACGUUCCCUAUGGCAUUCAGAGGUGGCGCCUAGUUUCCGCCAUCAACUUGACCAAUAAUGGGUGAGCACCGACUUCUGUGUGGUGGGCAGAUCGGUCGUGAACAGGACCUAACAACCACGGCUCACAGCGUAGGUUUGGUGGGAUCCUUUUGUUGGGGCCGCUCCAGCCUGGACACGAGCGCCACCAUUAUGAGGGUAAGCCUCAGAGAGAUGCAUAAAGUCUGUUCGGUAAACUUCCUCACCAAAACAGUGGCCGGACACAGGGUAUCCACACUAGCACGUUUGGUAGGGUGCUGAGUUUUGUCCGGGAAGAUAUUAGAAAUAUCACGAAACUGUUUCAUCACUUUCCAUUUUCACUCAGCGUGAUCGUUGUAAUUAUCUUGAUUACGCUGUAUCCACUGUCUAAAAUGUAUUGUGCAACUCUGUUUGCUUUUCUCCCACCGGCCAAGACUCACUCUGGGGCUCCACCAUCCUACAGACUGCCGUCUCAAGGCUCAUCCGUGUCUCUCCCUGCGCCCGACUUAAACCCAGUCCCGACUCCUGUUACGCAUACAGCCACCACUGUUCAUGAAAUGGGCUUGCGCUCGUUAACUCCAACCCUACUGGAGAGGAGUCGUCUACCUCUGGGUGAUCACAAAUUCUCUCUGACUAACAAUACAGACGCGCACGCGGAGGCGAAGGUCAUCCUACCCCCUAACGCCAGUGGUGAUUGUGAUGACCUUCACAGAUCAAAGCGGCUGGACAGUGUUGUAGUCCUAUCUCAACCGUUCUGUGUCCAGGAGCGCACCUUUACGCCUCAGCCGGCCAAUGGCUACUCAGCGAUUGCCAGAUCGUCCAACAGCCGUCUCUCGGAGAGUAUUUAA